AUGAAUCCUGCUGCCUCAAUCUGGUGGACUAUUGGUGGUGUAUCAGGUGCAUUAGCUAUUUGUACUGGUGCAUUCGGUGGUCAUGGCCUUAAAGACCAUGUCAAGGACCCAAAGAAGUUGGACACUUGGAAGACUGCUGCUAACUAUCAUCUCAUUCACUCUGUGGCAUUGAUGUUGGUACCAUUCUCCAAGCAUCAUGCUAUUGCUGGUCCAUUGUUAUUGGGUGGCACUGUCCUGUUCUCUGGCUCACUCUAUGUGUUGACAUUAUCAGAUAAGAAGGUCUUGGGUGCUGUCACACCACUUGGCGGACUGGCAAUGAUUGGAGGCUGGCUGGCACUGGCCAUACCAAGCAUU